AUGGAAGUCUCUUCGAAGCUUCGUCCGGCUUCAGAUGUGUUGUUCGGACUUUUGCAAACAGGUCAACAUGCAAAGAACGGUGAGGGAAGAACGUUGCUUUUUGUGUGGGUCUGUAAGUCUUUUGGAUUUUUCGGUCCUAGGCGAAAGCAGACCCAGUACAAGCCAGGCGAAUGCUUCUCGUUCGACGGUAAGCAAGUGCCGCGGCACCUGGUGGUUGAUGUCUUCGAAAAAGUUGGCACGGCGCAGGUGAGCAUCUCCGAGCUGUCGAACUGCGACGGUGGAUUUGUGCAGUUGCAAGGAAGGGAUGGGAAGAUCGUCCUGGACAUGCAAGCCAAGGUGCGUUCCCAGAUGCCAGAGCCGAAGAAGCGGGUCUCCCGACACCAGGCAGCCAUAGAUGCACAGCAGUAUUUGGAGGCCCACUCCGUUCAGCGAGUGUUGCAGGGAAUGGUCCAUGAGCUGCUGUCUAACCGACCCUCUGAUCCGUACUCCUUCAUGCUAGGCUACAUUCAGGCAAGCCAGGCGAACAGGCCAACGCCGAUACCUUCGCCUUUCCUCCCGGCGAGGGGUCCAGAUGAGGACGAUUUGCCAAACUGGUCAGCAAUGCCUGGCCGUGGGGAUUCCGAGUACCCCGGCUUCCCAUCAGAUGGUUCACAGCCGCUUCCAGAUCUGUCUCGUCACCACAGCACGCUCGCGCAUGUGCUCAAAGAGCAGCCCAUGCUUUAUGAACAUCUCAAGGAUGUGCGCACUCCAAAUGGUGUUUCUUUGGCGCAGUGCAUCAAGCCUGGGAUAGACAACAGAGGGCACCCCAUUCUGCGCACUCUCGGGCUCAUCGCUGCAGACGAGACCUGCUUCGAGGUCUUCGAGCCGCUUUUCCGGUCGGUAAUGGACAGGUGGUACGAGAGCAUCUUGCAAGACGUGCAGCUGCCGAGCACCGUCGAUACUCGACAGGCAGGCGAAUCGUUGAGAGCUCUCUCCGCCAGUCUGCUGUCUGUGCAGGUGACAUGCAGCCGCAACAUUCGCGGCAUUCAGAUGCCACCCGCAGCUCAGCGAGAGGAAAGGAAAGAGGCUGAGCGAGUCGUAUUGGAGGCGUUGCUGUCCGUCGAGGAUGAGUUGCUGAAUGGCGGGGACUACUUCCCUCUGCGUGGCUCUGAGACGUAUCCAUCGAAGCCGAAGGGGAUGUCGCCUUCCUCCGAGCAAAAGCUCAAGGCUGCCGGCGAACUGCUGGAAGAGCCGCAAUCGGGACUGCUCCUGUCCAGUGGCCUCGGUAGACAUUGGCCAGAGGCACGAGGUGUUUUCACCAAUGAUAGUGGCAUGGUCGUGUUCGUGAACGAGGCAGACCACAUACGAAUGGCCUACCAAAGAAGAGAUGGAGAUGUCUGGAAGGCGCUGGACGGGACGCUACGUCUCGAGCGAGCCCUUGCCGUCGCUUUGCAGGAAGGCGGCCGGAGCUUCAGCUCCUCGAGUUUGGGCUUCCUGAACCACUGCCCAGCCAACGUGGGCUGCGCCCUGCAGGCGACUGCCAGGCUGCUACUGCCCAAGUUGUCCACGGAUGAGCCUAAGCUGAAGGCGCUAUGUAGACAAAGUGGUUUGUUACCCUCUCGGCGCCGCGAGUUAAGCGAAGAGGGUGAACGGAUGCCUGUUUGGGAGGUUGCUGUUGCUCGAACAGCGAAUGCAUCCGCAGAAACGAUUGCGGGCACACUUGCUGCUGGCUGUCGAAAGCUGGUGGCGGCCGAGAUGGGCGAGGCCGACCCAGAAGUGUCGACAAGCGCCGUCGCUGCCAGUCCAGCAGAAUUUCCGAGAGAAGUGUGUCCCGCAGAGAUGCCGGACAUCAACGACAGGCACAGCCUCGCUGCUGAAAUCCUUAGACGAGAUCCGUCCAUCUACUACACACUCAAGGACAGAUGUACACCGCUGGGUGUCAACUUUGCGACCUGCAUAAAGACUUGUUUCGACAACAUUGGCCACCGAAUGAUAAAAACGGUUGGUGCAGUGGCAGGAGAUGAGCACUCAUACGACACCUUCAGUUUGCUCUUUGAAGACAUCAUCAGGAUGCGACAUCCGAACUGGUCGGGCUUCCGGCACAGGACGGACAUGGAUGCAUGGAAGAUUUGGGAUAUGCCUGAAGCAGGUGAUCGAGCAGUUUUUGCUCGAAUCCGGGUGAGCCGAAACUUGCAUGGCUCACGGAUGCUGCCAGCUUGCAGUGUGGAUGAGCGUCGGGCUGUGGAGAGCGUACUUGCCCACAGUUUGUCCUCUUUGACCGGCACGUUGCAGGGUGAAUAUUUUCCACUGAGUGGAUCACACAGCUACAUGCCCAAGCCUGGUGGAAUGAGUGAGGAAGAGGAGCUGGACUUGCAUGCGGAGGGUCUACUCUUCGAGGAGCCAGACUCCUCUGUGUUGGUCUCUUCUGGAUAUGCCAGAGAUUGGCCUGAUGCUCGUGGAGUUUUUGUUGACGAGCAACGCAGUUUUGCGGCCUUCGUCAACGAGCUGGAUCAUCUCCGGGUCACCGGCACCGACCAGUCGAGCCGACCCAGCUUGAGAGCUGUGUGUGAGCGGGUGUUCUCGGUCCUUGCCGCACUAGAGGCUGAGCUGGAUUCGCAGGGGCUGGCAUUUGCUCGGGACGACCGUCUCGGCUUCCUCGGGCCGGAUCCGUCGCUCUUGGGGACCUGCUUGACUGCCAGUGUUGCGAUUCGCAUUCCACUUCUUAGCAAACAGCCAGAGUUCCGCAAUCUCUGCCAGCAGUUGAAGCUGCAAGCCAGUCUCUGUGCCAACACAGAGAUGGGGUUGCACCAGGGAGUCUGGGAGGUCCAAAACUCAUUGCGACUGGGAUGUUCGGAAGUGGAGCAGGUCAAUGCCGUGAUCGAGGCCUGCCGCGCGCUUCUGGAGCUUGAGGCCAGGCUCGAACGUGGUGAACAGCUCCACCUGACGGACGACGCGGAGGAGGAGGUCGAUUUAGGUGCCAUUCCGACGAAUCCUGGUGAGGGCAAGGUGCCAGGCACCGGCGAUAUCGAAUUUCCGGGAUUUCCAGUCGAUGCAUGCCCAAGAGAUCUUCCUGAUCUCUCGAGGCAUCACUCCUUGAUGGCAGAAGUUCUCACGUCAGACUCGGCCAUCUACAACCGGCUCAAGGACCUCCGGACACCUUUGGGAGUCUCCCUGGCGAGAUGUAUCAAGCCUGGGAUGGACAACCCGGGGCACAGCUUCUUCCGUGUAAUCGGAGCUACAGCCGGCGAUGCACAUUGUUAUGACGUCUUCCAGGCACUUUUUGACCCAAUUCUCCGCGCAAGGCAGAGUUUGAACCGAAAGGGCGCCCUUCACCACGUGCAGUGCAACAAGCCCGAGGAGCUUUCGACGUGCUUAGCCGAAGCCAGAGAGAAUGUGGCAAGUGUGCAGGUGUCGCUGCAGCGGAACUUAUCGCGAUUUCGGUUCACACCGGCCAUGUCACUGGAUGAUCGACAGAAGGUUGAGAAAGUUUUGUGCGCGGCCUUGGCUGCUCUUCCCGAGGAGUUUGCUGGCGAGUACAUGCCCUUGAGAGGGUCUACAUCCACAAGUUCAAGGCCCGGCAUGUCGGAGGCGGAGGAAGCAAAGCUGCAAGAGCGCAAAUGGCUAUUUGAGGCGCCAGAUGCUCCAUCAAUUCUCGCAACCGGAAGAGCGAGACACUGGCCACAGGCUCGGGGAGUGUUCCUGAGCCGCAGAGAAGAUCUCGCUGCAUGGGUUAACGACGAAGAUCACCUGCGACUCAUGGUUCGGCGGUACGACGGCGAUCUGAAGGCAGCUUUCGCCAGUGUGUAUGCCGCGGAGAAGGCUUUGGCGCAAUCUUUGUCACAGUCCCUUGGCCAUAGUUUCGCAAGAAGUGAUCGUCUCGGCUUCCUGACUACCUGUCCCAGCAACCUUGGCACGGCUUUCCGCGUGAAGGUGCGAGUGACGCUUCCUCUGCUCGGGCGGAACGAAGGCUUUUCUGAUCUGGCACGUGCCCUUGGUGUGCAGGCCAAGAGGGUGAUCCGGCCAACGUUCGACGGAAACUGGGACAUCUCGAACGCGGUGCAGCUCAACGUCUCGGAAGUAGAGCAGGCCAACGGCUUGAUUGCUGCCGUGCGAAAGAUGCAUGACUUGGAGCUGCAGCUAAAGUCGGGGCAAGUCCUGGAUUUAGCGACGGAGGCGGAGAACUUCCGCUUGUCGAUGCUGAAGGCUCCCGAGGACACCUCCGGACUCGGAGCUGCAGAGGUUCCCGGCUUUCCUGCCCAUGAAUGUCCCGAGGAGCUUCCAGACCUCUCAGGCUUCAACAGCAUCGUGGCUGACUUGCUCAAGCGAGAUCCAGAACUAUAUCGCAGGCUUCGCACAAUGAGAACGAGCAAAGGAGUGUCACUUGCUCGCUGCAUUAAGCCUGGCAUGGACAACAAGGCCAGGAAUGCCAUCAGGAGCUCUGGACUGGUUGCCGGAGAUGCAGAGAGCUAUUCCGUGUUUGCUCCGAUCUUCGCUCCUGCCCUUGCUGUCAACGGCUACUCUGGUCCACGCCAUCCUGAAGUCCUGGAUCCAGCCUGUGUCAGCAGGCCAGUCGCUGCGUAUGGUGGCCGCGUGAUCGGUGCUCGAGUAGAGGCAUCCCGAAAUCUGACCAACUUCUGCUUUCCAUCAGCGAUGACUCUCGACGAGCGUGCAGACCUGGAGCGCAUCGUUACGAAGGUUCUUCUCGACUGGGAGGGGGACCUGGCCGGCGAUUACUUCCCUCUCAGCGGCUCUGGGUCCUUUGUGGCCAAUGACGGUGGUAUGACGGCAGAGGAUGCAGCCGACCUGGAGAGUCAUGGUUUUCUCUUUCAAGCUCCGAGCUCCGCAAUGUUCCUCUCUUCGGGCAUGGGCAAACAUUGGCCCCAGGCGCGUGGCGUCUAUGUGAACAGCUCGAAGGACAUGGCCAUCUGGAUCAACGAAGAGGAUCAUCUUCGCUUGAUCGCCACGGCAAGUAGCCCCCAGAAGGCCUUUGAUCGCUUCUGUGCCCUAGAAGGUGCCCUGAAGCUCGGCUUGCAGCACGAAGGCCUGAGCUUCGCCUCGCACGAGGCGUUCGGGUUUCUAACCUCGUGCCCGUCAAGAGUUGGGACCGGCGGCUUCCAGGUUGGUGUUCAACUGAAGCUUGCCCUCGUAGAAGACGCGGAGGACCGACACUUCGAGGAUGUUUCCUCUGAGAUCGAAAGUCAAGGGGUCCUCCAGAUGAAAGCAACUGCCAGGAUAGGGCAGUCCGAAGCAGACAUGGUACAGGCAGUCGUAUCAGCAUGUGAGCAGCUGAUUGCUGAGGAGAUCCAGCUGGCCACAGGUAGCUAA